UUCACCUCGAGAGGGUCACUUUAAUCAGCGCUAGUCCACCUUCUAGUCUCAAGCUCCCCCUUCUUUAAAUCCACCACCACUUCGCCGCCGUAGCGCUCCCCUCCCCUCUCUCCUCACUUUCUCUCUCUAAGUGUGAUGUGAGAGAAACUUAGCCGGCGAGAUUUGGCCGGAGAAUGGCAUAUAUGUGUGCAGACAGUGGAAAUCUAAUGGCAAUUGCUCAACAAGUGAUCAAGCAAAAGCAACAGCAAGAGCAAGAGCAACACCACCAUCAACAGCAACAACAACUCGUCGGUGUACCCCCUUUUUGUCUCAGCCCAUGGACCACCACCAACCAGACCCUCUCCACCAGCCCCACCAUGGGUUAUGCCUUCGCCGACCCUUUUCCGGUGGAUGCGCCGGACCACGGCGGCGAACCCGGGUUUCAGUUUCCCAAUUUGGAACACCACCCCGCCGCCUUCAGAUUCGCCGAUUUUGGUGGUGGGUCUGGCGGUGAGUUCGACUCGGACGAGUGGAUGGAGAGUUUGAUUGGUGCUGGAGAUUCAACGGAUAGUUCAAACGCUUGGCAGAGCAACGCUGCUGAUUUUAGUAUCUACGCUUCUGAUCCGUUUGUUGCUUGCCCGAGUCGACUCAGUGUAGCUUCGUCUCCACCGUCUGAUCUCAAUCGAGUAAUUUUCUCCAAUACCCAGAAAAAUGCCAGUCUUCAACCUCAGAGCUCUCUUCCAUGGGUUCCAUCGUCUCCGGUUCCACAAUCGGAGACCAAUCCUUUGCCGAAGAACAACGAUGCCGUUGCCGGAGCUUCCAAAUCGCCAGAACACGAUUCGUCAAAACCGCUUCUGAAAGCUCUGCUUGAUUGUUCUCGAUUUGCAGAGUCUGACCCAGAAAAGGCUGUGAAAUCGCUGAAUCGAGUUCGAGAAUCGGUGAGCGAACAUGGAGAUCCAAUUGAGAGAGUGGGUUUUUACUUCACUGAAGCUCUCUUCUCCAGAGUCUCACACCAAGCCGAGAAGACCCCGACGAUCUUCGAAACCACUUCAGAAGAGUACACUCUCUCAUACAAAGCUCUCAACGACGCUUGUCCUUAUUCCAAAUUUGCCCAUUUGACAGCGAACCAAGCAAUUCUCGAAGCAACCGAGAGAGCGAAGAAGAUCCACAUAGUCGAUUUCGGAGUCGUUCAAGGUGUUCAAUGGUCUGCCUUUCUUCAAGCUCUAGCAACUCGAACCGCCGGAAAACCCGACAUGGUUCGGAUCUCCGGCAUUCCAGCUCCGGCCCUGGGGAAAUCUCCCGCGGCGGCGCUUCACGCCACCGGGAACCGGCUUCGCGAUUUCGCGAAGCUUCUGGGUCUGAACUUCGAGUUCGAACCGGUUCUGACCCCAAUCCAGGACCUCGACGGUUCAAGUUUCCGGGUCGAACCGGACGAGGUUUUGGCCGUGAACUUCAUGCUUCAGCUCUACAACCUCCUCGACGAGACCGACGAUGUAGUCGAGACCGCUCUCAGAUUGGCAAAGUCUCUGAACCCAAGCAUCGUCACUUUGGGCGAGUACGAAGCGAGUUUGAACCGGGCUGGUUUUCUUCCCCGGUUCAAGAACGCACUGGUGUACUACUCCGCCAUUUUCGAGUCGCUCGAACCCAACUUGUCCCGAGACUCGCCGGAGAGGCUCCAAGUCGAGAGACUACUAUUCGGCCGGCGAAUCGCCGGCGUAAUCGGACCGGACGAACCGGGAACAAGAAGAGAACGUAUGGAAGAUAAGGAACAAUGGAGGAUUCUGAUGGAUAGUGCUGGUUUCGAGUCGGUAGCCCUUAGCCGUUACGCGAGGAGUCAAGCUGAGAUUCUUCUAUGGAAGUACGAUUACAGUACUCUGUUUUCAUUGAUUCAAUCUGAACCUGGUUUUCUCUCUCUAGCUUGGAACAAAGUCCCUCUUCUCACUGUUUCUUCAUGGCUUUGAUUUGGGUUUUGAUCGAAAAUUUGUUUUUCUUUUUUGGGUCUUUUUUUUUUCUUUUUUUUUAUUGCUUGAAUCUGCCAUUAAUGAUCUCUUUUGGAGCUUCUUCAGCUGAUCAGAUAUGAAAAGAAAGCUUGUUUAGAAUAUUUGAAAAACAUAUUAGCAUAAUUUCAUGUAGACUUUUUAUUUAGAAGCUCUUUUUGAAAGCGAAUUAAUAGAUUGUUAAUAUGCAUCUUCAAUUUUUGUGUCUAUAUGGUUCAUAUUAGAUGUUUCUUUUCUCUUGUUUCUUCGAUUUGUGGCAACUGUAAGAAAUGUGAAAUGAAAAGUUCUGAAAAUUAUUUCCGUUGAGAUAGAUACUA